UUCUCCCGCCGCGCUGUUUUGUUUCCGGUUCCUCCGGAAGUUCAAGCUCCGAAAGCGGGGAGUUUUGUUUCCAGCUCCGGGGCGGCCGGGUCUCCGGGUGGCGAUGGACUGGAGGUGACACACGAGCGGGUAGGAGCCGCGAGAGGACGGGGACAGAAUGAACCGGGCCAAGACCGCCACGGUCCGGAGGCCCAGCGCUGCGGCUAAGCCUUCAGGACACCCUCCACCAGGAGAUUUCAUUGCCCUGGGCUCAAAGGGACAGGCCAAUGAAUCGAAAACAGCAUCCACCCUGCUGAAGCCAGCCCCUUCUGGCCUGCCUUCAGAGCGCAAGCGGGAUGCUGCGGCCGCGUUAUCUGGUGCCUCGGCACUGACUGGCCUCACCAAACGCCCCAAACUCUCGUCCACACCCCCACUGAGUGCUCUAGGGCGCCUGGCUGAGGCCGCGGUGGCAGAAAAACGAGCUAUUUCUCCAUCGAUUAAGGAACCAUCUGUGGUCCCGAUUGAAGUCCUGCCCACAGUGCUGUUGGAGGAGAUUGAGGCUGCUGAGCUGGAGGGCAAUGACGAGCGCAUCGAGGGUGUGCUGUGUGGGGCGGCCAGGCAGCUGCGGCUCACGCGGGCCAAGCCUGACAGCACGCUCUACCUCAGCCUCAUGUACCUGGCCAAGAUCAAGCCCAACAUCUUUGCCACAGAGGGCGUCAUUGAGGCGCUGUGUAGCCUCCUGCGUCGCGAUGCCUCCAUCAACUUCAAAGCCAAGGGGAACAGCUUGGUCUCUGUGCUGGCCUGUAAUCUCCUCAUGGCUGCCUACGAAGAGGAUGAGAACUGGCCUGAAAUCUUUGUCAAGGUGUAUAUCGAGGACUCCCUGGGUGAGCGCAUCUGGGUGGACAGCCCACACUGUAAGGCCUUUGUGGACAACAUCCAGACAGCCUUCAACACCAAGAUGCCUCCUAAGAGCGUGCUGCUGCAGGGGGAGGCGGGGCGCGGCGGGGGAGACCUCAGUGCCGGGAACAGCCCACACCCCUCCCUCACUGAGGAGGAGGACAGCCAGACGGAGCUCCUGAUCGCGGAGGAGAAGCUGAGUCCUGAGCAGGAGGGCCAGCUCAUGCCCAGGUAUGACGACCUCACGGAGAGUGUGGAGGAGUACGUUCUGGACGUGCUUCGGGACCAACUCACCCGGCGCCAGCCCAUCGACAAUGUCUCACGGAACCUGCUGCGACUGCUCACCUCCACCUGUGGCUACAAGGAGGUGCGGCUGAUGACGGUACAGAAGCUGGAGAUGUGGCUGCAGAACCCCAAGCUGACCAGGCCGGCCCAGGACCUGCUGAUGUCUGUGUGCAUGAACUGCAGCACGCACGGCGCCGAGGACGUGGAUGUCAUCUCCCACCUGAUCAAGAUCCGCCUCAAGCCUAAAGUGCUGCUCAACCACUACAUGCUGUGUGUCAGGGAGCUGCUGAAUGCCCACAAGGACAACUUGGGCACCACCAUCAAGUUCGUGGUCUUCAAUGAACUGUCCAACGCCCGAAACCCCAACAACAUGCAGAUCCUGUACACAGUGCUGCAGUACAGCGCCGAGCUGGCGCCCAAGUUCCUGGCCAUGGUGUUCCAGGACCUGCUGACCAACAAGGAUGACUACCUGCGGGCCUCUCGGGCCCUGCUGCGCGAGAUCAUCAAGCAGACCAAGCACGAGAUCAACUUCCAGGCCCUCUGCCUGGGCCUCAUGCAGGAGCGCAAGGAGGCGCCGCACCUGGACAUGGAGUUCAAGGAGCGCUUUGUGAUCCAUGUGACAGACCUGCUGGCUGUGUCUAUGAUGCUGGGGAUCACCGCCCAGGUGAAGGAGGCUGGGGUCGCCUGGGACAAAGGCGAGAAAAGGAACCUCGAGGUACUGCGCGCCUUCCAGAACCAGAUCGCCGCGAUCCAGCGCGACGCCGUGUGGUGGCUGCACACAGUGGUGCCCUCCAUCAGCAAGCUGGCCCCCAAGGACUAUGUGCACUGCCUCCACAAGGUGCUCUUUACAGAGCAGCCAGAGACCUACUACAAGUGGGACAACUGGCCCCCUGAGAGCGACCGCAACUUCUUCCUGCGCCUCUGCUCGGAGGUGCCCAUCCUGGAGGACACGCUCAUGCGCAUCCUGGUCAUCGGGCUGUCCCGCGAGCUCCCGCUCGGCCCUGCUGAUGCCAUGGAGCUCGCUGACCACCUGGUGAAGCGGGCUGCCGCUGUGCAGGCGGAUGAUGUGGAAGUGCUGAAGGUGGAGAGGAUCCAGCUAAUUGAUGCCGUCCUGAACCUGUGCACCUACCACCACCCGGAGAACAUCCAGCUCCCCCCUGGGUAUCAGCCUCCGAAUCUCGCCAUCUCAACCCUCCUCUGGAAGGCCUGGCCACUCUUGCUGGUCGUAGCUGCCUUUAACCCUGAGAACAUUGGUCUGGCUGCCUGGGAAGAGUACCCCACUCUGAAGAUGCUCAUGGAGAUGGUGAUGACCAACAACUACUCGUACCCGCCAUGCACUCUUACGGAUGAGGAGACCCGCUCGGAGGUGAUCAGCCGGGAGUUACAGAUCUCCCAGCGGGAGAAGCAGGAGAUCCUGGCCUUUGAGGGGCACCUGGCGGCCGCGUCCACCAAACAAACCAUCACUGAGAGCAGCAGCCUCCUCCUGUCCCAGCUCACCAGCCUGGACCCCCAAGGCCCUCCCCGGCGGCCCCCCACCCACAUCCUGGAGCAGGUGAAAGCCCUCAACCAGUCACUGCGGCUCGGACACCUGCUGUGCCGCAGCCGCAACCCGGACUUCCUGCUCAACAUCAUCCAGAGGCAGGCCUCCUCGCAGUCCAUGCCCUGGCUGGCCGACCUGGUGCAGUCCAGCGAGGGCUCCCUGGACGUGCUGCCGGUACAGUGCCUUUGUGAGUUCCUUCUGCAUGACGCAGCUGCCGCAGAUGCCGCUGGGGAGGACGAGGAGGAUGGCGAGAGCAAGGAGCAGAAGGCCCGGAAGCGGCAGAGACAGCAGAAGCAACGGCAGCUGCUGGGCCGCCUGCAGGACCUGCUGCUGGGCCCCAAGGCAGACGAGCAGACGACCUGCGAGGUGCUGGACUACUUCCUGCGGCGCCUCAGCUCCUCCCAGGUGGCCUCGCGGGUGUUGGCCAUGAAGGGCUUGUCACUGGUGCUCUCAGAAGGCAGCUUGCGGGAUGGGGAGGAGAAGGAGCAGCCAGCGGAAGAGGACUCAGGGGAGCCUGAGAUGCUACAGGGCUACCAGUGGCUGCUCCGGGACCUGCCCCGGCUGCCCCUGUUCCACAGCGUUAGGAGCACCACUGCACUGGCCUUGCAGCAGGCCAUCCACAUGGAGACGGACCCACAGACCAUCAGCGCCUACCUGGUGUACCUGUCCCAGCACACGCCAGUGGAGGAGCAGGGCCAGCACAAUGACCUGGCACUGGACGUGGCCCGGCUCAUUGUGGAGCGCUCCACCAUCAUGGCCCACCUCUUCUCCAAGCUCGCCCGCAGUGCCGAGUCGGAUGCCGUGCUGGCCGCACUGCUCUCCAUCUUCUCCCGCUAUGUUCAGCGCAUGCGCAAGAGCAAGGAGGGCGAGGAGGGCUAUAGCUGGUCAGAGUCCCAGGACCAGGUGUUCCUGCGCUGGACGAGUGGGGAGACGGCCACCAUGCACAUCCUGGUGGUGCACGCCAUGGUGAUCCUGCUGACACUGGGGCCGCCCCGUGCCGGCGACAGCGAGUUCCAUGCUCUGUUGGAUAUCUGGUUUCCGGAGAAGAAGCCCCUGCCCACUGCCUUCCUGGUGGACACGUCGGAGGAGGCGUUGCUGCUGCCUGACUGGCUGAAGCUGCGCAUGAUCCGCUCUGAGGUGCCGCGCCUGGUGGACGCUGCUCUGCAGGACCUGGAGCCCCAGCAGCUGCUGCUGUUUGUGCAGUCCUUUGGCAUCCCUGUCUCCAGCAUGAGCAAGCUGCUGCAGUACCUGGACCAGGCUGUGGCCCAUGACCCCCAGACGCUGGAGCAGAACAUCAUGGACAAGAAUUACAUGGCCCACCUGGUUGAGGUCCAGCACGAGAGAGGAGCGUCUGGGGGCCAGACCUUCCACUCCCUGCUCACAGCUUCCCUGCCCCCCCGGCGAGACAGCACGGACGCCCCCAAACCAAAAAGCAGCCCUGAGCCCCCAGCGGGCCAGGGGAGGAUCCGGGUGGGUACCCAGGUCCGGGUGAUUGGACCCGAGGAUGACUUGGCCAGCCUGUUGCUGCAGAUCUUCCCAUUGAGCCCCGACCCUCGGUGGCAGAACUCAAGCCCCCGCCCCCUUGCCCUGGCCCUACAGCAGGCCCUGGGCCAGGAGCUGGUCCGUGUGCGCCAGGGUGACCCCGCUGUGGCAGGCACCACAGUCCGAGUCCUACAGGCUCUGGCCACCCUACUGAACUCCCCGCAUGGCGGCGCCCUGGUGAUGGCAAUGCACCGAAGCCACUUCCUCACCUGCCCUUUGCUGCGCCAACUCCAUCAGUACCAGCGCUGUGUGCCCCAGGACUCCAGCUUCUCGUCGCUCCUGCUCAAAGUGCUCAUGCAGAUGCUUCAGUGGCUGGACAGCCCCACCGUGGAGUCUGGGCCCCUGCUGGCCCAGCUCAGACUGCUCACCACCCAGUACUCGGCCCGGCGCAGGGUUGGCGAUGUCCGGAGUGGGUUCCUGCACCUGGCAGAGGCCCUGGCCUUCCGGCGGGACUCCGAGACAGUCAACUCCACCGUGCAGGCCAUCAUUGCCACCCUCAGGUCUGGGGAGAAGUGCAGCUUGGACCCGGAGCUGGUUGGCAAAGUCCUCCGGGGUCUGAUUGAGGUACAGUCUCCCCACCUGGAGGAGCUGCUAGCUGUGCUCUUUGCCACCCCCACGGACCCGGCUUCUGCCUGCGCCGCCUCAAGACCUGUUGCUGUGGUGAGUGCACUGCUGCUGCAGGAGGAGGACGAGCCUGCAGCACCGGGGACGCCGGCAGUGGAAGGCUGCAGCUCGGAGGCAGUGCGUCUGGGGCCCUCCUCAGGGCUGCUUGUCGACUGGCUAGAGAUGCUCGACCCCGAGGUGAUUGGCAGCUGCCCGGACCUGCAGCAGAGGCUCCUGUUCUCCCGGAAUAAGGGCAAAGGCCACGCCGGCCCCCAGCUGCCAUCCUUCCGGCCCUAUCUCCUAGCACUGCUCACACACCAGUCCAACUGGUCCACGCUGCACCGCUGUAUCCGCAUCCUGCUGGGCAAGAGCCGCGAGCACAGGCUCGACCCUUCUGCCUCUCUGGACUUCCUUUGGGCUUGUAUCCAUGUUCCUCGGAUCUGGCAAGGCCGGGACCAGCGCACCCCUCAGAAGCGGCGGGAGGAGCUGGUGCUGCGGGUCCAGGCCCCAGAGCUCAUCAGCCUGGUGGAGCUGAUUCUGGCUGAGCCAGAGACACGGAGCCCUGAGGCAGACGAGGCCUCCUGCAACCUCAUCCAGUCUCGGCUGCCCUUGCUGCUCAGCUGCUGCCGUGGAGAUGACGAGGGCGUUCAGAAGGUGACAGAGCACCUGACAGACCGCAUCCAGCAGUGGGGGGACAGCGUGGUGGGCAAGCGCUGCCGAGAGCUGCUCCUGCAGAUUUACCUGCAGCGACCGGAGCUGCGUGGGCCUGUGCCUGAGGUCCUGCUGCAGGGCCAGGGGGUCCCUGGCAGCAGCAUCUGCAGGCUGGAUGGUCUCACCCACCGCUUCAUCACCCUCCUGGCGGACACCAGCGACUCACGCUCGUCCGAGAGCCGCGUGGCUGAUGCCAACAUGGCAUGCCGGAAGCUGGCAGUGGCCCACCCCAUCCUCCUGCUCAGGCACCUGCCCAUGCUGGCUGCCCUCCUGCAUGGGCGCACCCACCUCAACUUCCAGGAGUUCCGGCAGCAGAACCACCUGACCUUCUUCCUGCAUGUACUGGGUAUUCUGGAGCUGCUGCAGCCACAUGUGUUCCGUAGCGAGCACCAGGGGGCGCUGUGGGACUGCCUGCUCUCCUUCGUGCGGCUGCUCCUGAAUUACCGGAAGUCCUCCCGCCACCUGGCCCCCUUCAUCAGCAAGUUGGUGCAGCUCGUCCACAAGUACUUCACCUGCAACGCUCCUGCCGCUGUUGCCUUCCUGCAGAAGCACGCGGAUGCGCUCCACGACCUGUCCUUUGACAACAGUGACCUGGUGAUGCUCAAGUCCCUCCUGGCAGGGCUUAGCCUGCCCAGCAGGAACGGUGUCACCGACCGGGGCCUGGACGAGGAGGGUGAGGACGAGAGCCCAGCCGGCUCCCUGCCCCUCGUCAGUGUCUCCCUCUUCACCCCUCUGACUGCAGCAGAGAUGGCCCCCUAUAUGAAGAAACUCUCCCGGGGCCAAACCGUUGAGGAUCUGCUGGAAGUGCUAAGCGACAUUGACGAGAUGUCCCGGAGGAGACCAGAGAUCCUGGGCUUCUUCUCGACCAACCUGCAGAGGCUGAUGAGCUCGGCUGAGGAGUCCUGCCGCAACCUGGCUUUCAGCCUGGCCCUGCGCGCCAUGCAGAACAAUCCCAGCAUUGCAGCCGACUUCCUGCCCACCUUCAUGUACUGUCUGGGCAGCCGAGACUUUGAGGUGGUACAGACGGCCCUCAAGAACCUGCCUGAGUACACCCUCCUCUGCCAAGAGCAUGCUGCUGUGCUACUGCACCGCGCCUUCCUGGUGGGCAUGUACGGCCAGGUGGACACCAGCGCCCAGAUCUCUGAAGCUCUGAGGGUCCUGCACAUGGAGGCUGUCAUGUGAGCCCGCCUGUCUGCACCAGCCACACUGCCAACACCAGCCGUACUGCCUGCCCAGCCCAGGGUCCACCGGGGGCCCCUCUGGGAGGGGACAGGGCACCAGUGGCCUGAGGGAGAGCUGCGGCAGCCCUCAUGGGAGACAUAGGGGCUCCCCUGGCACAGGAAUGGCUGUCCGCCCUGGCAGCCUCAUACUGCCCAGGUCAAGUCCCUGUCCACAGGAUGACUUGGGGACGCAGCCCAGCCACCAAGGGAAGCCAGCGUCCCGGCACAGCAUGGUGAGGGCUGGUUUUAACCUCACCUUUUCAAUGAAACCUUUUGAAUCCUG